AUGGCUAUCCAAGGUAAAGGCCUCACGGUCGGCAUCACCGUUGCCUGUGGUGCGGGAUUUUUCCUUUUUGGCUACGAUCAAGGCGUGUUUGGAGGCAUCCUGACCAACCAGAACUUCCUGGAUACCUUUGGCUAUCCUGAUUCUACCAUUCAGGGCCAGAUCACAUCGACAUAUUACUUAGGAGCCAUAUUUGGCGCUGUCUUCUCUCGCUUUAUCGGAGAUCGCAUCGGACGUCGCAGAGCCAUCAUGCUGGGCUGUACGUUGUUGACCGUUGGGGGCGCUCUUCAGGCCAGCGCCAGCACUCUUGUACAUAUGAUCAUCGGACGCAUUGUCGGGGGUCUAGGAACAGGGCUGAACACGACAGCCAUUCCCAUGUGGCAGGUCGAGACGUGCAAGCAGAAACAUCGCGGCCGGCUGGUCAUCAUGGAGCUGGUGCUGAAUAUCUCGGGUAUAGCGCUCACCAAUUGGAUCAAUUAUGGCUUCACCUUCUUGCCGGCCGACAGAUCGGUCUCAUGGCGCUUCCCUCUGGCGUUUCAGUCUGUUUGCUCCAUAGUCACUUUCAGCCUGACUAUCAUCAUGCCCGAGUCGCCCCGUUGGCUGGUCCUGCGUGGUCGUCGCGAAGAGGCACAGCAAAUCCUCGCUCGCCUGAUGUCCAGCGACGACCCAGACGAUCCAGCCGUAUUGGACGCGUUAAAUAUACUCACGACUACCGUCACUCACGAGCUGGAGACCGGUCCAGCUGCCUGGAGAGAUCUCCUCUCGAACGACCGUACUCAGACCAUCCGGCGCAUCUCUCUCGGCGCUGGCCUCGCGUUCAUGCAACAAGCCUGCGGGGUCAACAUCAUCGCCAAUUAUCUCCCGGUCGUGCUGACUCGCUCUGUUGGCCUGUCAGAUCGUCUAUCCUUAAUCCUCUCUGCCGUCUACUCACACGCUCUCACUCUCUGGGCAACCGCAUCAAUGCUCGCCAUCGACUCGAUCGGUCGCAAGCCUCUACUCCUCCUCGGGGCCAUCGGCCAAGGCAUCGCCUUCUUCAUGGUCGCCGUCGGCAUCCGCAUAGGCACAUACGACAUGUCCAUCUUCACCGUCGUCUUUAUCUUCGUGUACAACCUCUUCUUCGGCAUCUCCUUCCUCUCCAUCCCCUGGCUGUAUCCCGCUGAGAUCAACUCCCAAGCCACCCGCAACCUUGGUACGUCCAUCUCCACAGCAACGAACUGGAUAUUCGUGUACGUCGUUGUUCUCGUCUCGCCGAUCGGUAUCGAUAACCUUGGUUGGAAGUUCUAUCUCAUCUUUGGCUGUUUCAAUAUUGCGUUUCUGCCAUUUCUGCAGCUGUUCUACGUCGAGACUGCUAAGCUUUCGCUGGAACAGAUCGAUAGGUUGUUUGAGAUUGAUUUUGAAAGUGGGAAUGCGAUGGGUCUUGGGAAAGCGAGGAAGCAGGUUCUGCUUGAGGCAGAGGUGGCAGGUGAGAAUGGGGAUGGGUUGGUGUCCAACGCGCUGGGGUUGAAGGGACAGUCGCUUCACUUGGAGGAGAUAUGA